GAAAAAACAAAUUGUGUCGACGACGACGGUCCGCUCUUUUUAUAUAUCCGUGCCUACGGUUAGAGUCCGAGCACGGUGACCACAUUCCACACGACGGCCGUGGGAUUUUCGAGAUUAGCAGUGCCUGUUCGCAUUCCGUCUCGAGCAUCCCCUUCUCGCCGCCCGAACGUCGUCGCAUUCCAGCGUUGGCGCCGCUCGAGUUCGUUAGGCCACACCGUCGCUCCCCGGGAGGACGGGAGUGGAAAGAGGGUAAUACACCUCGGGAUUCUUUGGGAAUAAAGAGAAACGAUGCCUAAUUUUCGGAUCGGUUGGUAUCGGUUUAUACCGUUCCUCGGAUACCACCAUGUUUUGAUGAUACUAAUCGCAGUCUCAAUAAUAUUAUUAUCUCUGCUACUGGCAGGUUGUUCGUCAUCCUCACCGCUCAUACCCGACAUCUUCCUACUCUCCCUCUACUACGAGAAGUACACGGCCGUGCCGGACACAUCGCAAGUCGACUACAACGUCAACCAGGCCAUCAGCAACAUCGUCGGGUCCGCGCACCUGCAGGCCCGCGUGGGUUACUUCGGGAUCUGCAUCAACCCGGACGGCGGCUCCUGGCUAUGCAGCAACAAUGCGACGGCGCUGGCCAAUGAGGUAUCGGUCGACCAGGACCCGCUGAACCUCAUCUGGCUGGCCAGCCAGUUCAAGGACAUGAUCGUGUUCCCCUACCUCAUCAUCAUCGCCAUCAUCUUCGCCUUCGUCUGCUUCCUGCUCCUGGCCACUUUCCCCGGCUGGCACGAGGAAGAGGACGAGGACGGCUCCGACCGCGAGAUCAAGCCGUUCCCCAGCCGUCCUGUCUCCCAGGUCGCCCUCGCCAUCAUCUUCAUCGCCUCCAUCUUCGUCCUCGUGUCCGUCCUGUGGCAGCACACGGCCUCCGUCGCCGCCUCCAUCAUCGCCCAGGACUUCGGCAACGGCAGCGUCCUGUCGGGGAUCGGCUCCAGCGCCAUGGUCAUGGGCUGGUUCAGCUUCACGCUGCUCAUCAUCGUCACCAUCGGCCUGCUGGUCAUGAUUUUAAGUAUCAGGGUGCUGUCGGCACUAGCGGACUAAAUAAUGGAGAAGAAAACAAAACAAUAAUAAAUAAAUAAAUAAGGGAAAUGAGGAAGGAAACUUUUAAAAAACGGCAACGGCAACGGAAGUAUAUUGUUUUUUUUUCUCUCGGAGUGGCACGUCACGGCGACGUGUCAUAUAUGUGUAUAUGGGAGAGAGAGAGGCAGGGGAACUCGUCCGACAUAGAAG